AAUUAAUUGAACAUACACUUAACCAUACUUUUAACUAGUUAUCCACUACAGUUAGUGCAGUUACGUGUCUAGAAUAUCUGGAAAACCUGAAAACAUAUUGUAACAUAUAAAGCGCGUCUAAAAAAUCAUUGCGUUUUUAUGCUUGUUCGUUAAGAGGAUAUUGGACACCAGUAAAUGGCGGAGUCAUUAAGUUUGCAGAGAGAUAUUAAUAGAGUGUUGGAGUUAUUGGAAAUACUUCAGAGAUGCCCUGAAAUACAACCAUCAAAGUUGGCAGCCCUACAGCGCAUACUGCAGUCAGACUUUUGCGACAUGAUUCGUGAAGUUUAUGAGCAUAUAUAUACAACUGUUGAUAUUAAUGGGUCGGAAGAAGUGAAAGCAAGUGCAACAGCCAAAGCUACUGUCGCAGCUUUUGCUGCAAGUGAAGGACACGCUCAUCCACGUGUCAUAGAACUACCAAAAACUAAUGAAGGUCUAGGUUUCAAUGUUAUGGGUGGUAAAGAACAAAAUUCACCUAUUUACAUAAGUCGAAUUAUUCCUGGUGGUGUUGCAGAUCGUCAUGGUGGUUUAAAACGUGGUGAUCAAUUGCUAUCAGUAAAUGGGAUUUCUGUGGAGAGUGAACAUCAUGAAAGAGCUGUUGAACUUUUGAAAUUAGCACAAGGUACUGUGAAACUUGUAGUAAGAUAUACACCACGUAUUCUUGAAGAGAUGGAAGCACGUUUUGACAAGCAAAAAGCUCGACGUCGGCAACUUAGUUAAUACAAAUUUGGAGGUGUGUAUGCAUAAUGCUGUGCUGUAUCACUCACUAAAUUAUUUAGACUAACACUGCAGGUUGAGUUGUCUAAUAACUUUCUUCAAAUAGUUUGUUUUUUCAACUCUGUCUUUCUAUUCUAACUUGUUACAUUCUCAUUAGGAUCUGUAUAUAAUUUGUUGUUUAUAUUAGUUUUUGAUCAUUUUGUUGAUUUUCAAUUUUUCAUUAUACUCUGUUUUAACAUGCUGUAGUCAUUUAGACAAAAUAUUUAAUUCUUACGUAACAAUGAUUUCGAUGACUUUAAAAUAGAAUAUAUGUCAAACUAUAAUUCAGUCAUUAAUCAUUUAUUUAUUUGUGAAAUUACAACUUAAGUUAUUGAAGUAGGCUUGUAAGCUUGAUCACUUGGUUUUUGAUGACUUAUGUUGACUGGUUAUUGCUUCUAAAUGUCUCUUAUUAAAAUAAAUUUAUGGGAAUUUCA